UUUUCAAGUGAGUCAUUCCGAUUAAUCAUCAUCAUCGUUUGAGUUUCUGACUGUGAGACUAGAGAAAUGUGCGGUGUUUUUUUGUGUCUGUAGAUGAUUGUUCCUGUAAGGUCAGAGGAGUAUGAGGUCUCUGUUUGUGCCUUUAACAGCGUGGGAUGCUCAGCGCACCGCAGGAUCACACUCGACGCAUCUCGUAGUCACGAUGUGCCGGCGGUGAAGAGUCUCUGGGUUUAUUCUGACGAUUUUUCGCUGUGGGUCUCCUGGGAACACGAGUUCACCACGGCAAACGUCAGCGAGUUCGCCAUCGAAUGGAGCGCUAUGACCGACCGUGAGCACAGACGCUGGGAGCGAGUCCCCGGAUCCACCUUCACUGUCUGUCUGCCAGGCAUUGAAGCGAAGCAGACGUACAUCAUCAGUGUGUUUCCUGUCUACGGGUCUCUCUGCGGGCCGCCGGCCUCCAUCUCUGCUGAUCUACAACACGGCGCUCUGUUGGAUCUGGUCCGGUUUCGACUGCUGUACGUGUCGAGCUCGUCUGUGGCGGUGCAGUGGACCUGGCAGGAGGCCGAGCCCAGCGUUAGUGUGCUUCAGUACAGACUCGUGUUGAACGGGCCGCUCGAGACUCAGACUCUCACAGUGUUUCCUAACAAAGAGCAGCACCUGUUCCUUCAGCUCCAUCCAAACACCAGAUACUCGAUCCACGUUCAGGAGAGAAACCACAGCCGGGAACUUCUCAAAGGCCAGUCUGGACAUCAGCACACCUCUUCUGGAAGACUGGGGCUCCAAUUAAGGCCUGUUAGCCCCAGGCCACCUGCCCUGCGUGCUGUCCAAGUGGACCCAGGGAGGCUGGAUACUCACCGUGCAAGUGACCCUUCGUUAACACCGCAAGGCCGAGAGCGUGAGACUGGCGGAUGCACAUUUCUGCACACCAAGCUUCUACCAGUCCAACCCUCUUCAAAGUUCAUGCAUUUUAGAACUGAACAGACAUCAUCCUCACCAGGACAACCGUCAGAUGUCAUGAACCUUUGCCCCGAAACAGCCUUGUAA